UGGAGCAUUGGCUUCUGUGCUCUUAGAAAUUCAGCGGCAGGCUAACAGAGAGACAAAACUUAAGAGCAGAGGAGAGAUACUCCAGCUGAUCGCCAUCUCUUGCCUCUUCUUUGCUCCCUUCUCCUUGCAGAUUCUGACCAGGAAAGUGUGCAUAUCCAUCCCUCUUCUAUUUUGAUAGAUACCUUCAAGAGAUGUAAACUGAGACACAGUCUAAGAAUAAUGAGGUCACUGGGACUCUUCCAGCCCUUUUCUGGCCAGACCUAUAAAACCACAUGUGGUGAUUAAUGCAUUGUACAACUUAAUACAACCUAAUGAUUUCUCUGAAAGGAGGAAGAAGAGAGGGAAGAAAAGGGAGAGGCCGAAACUAGGCAAAACUGACUUGGUAGAACAUAAAAAGUGUAUGAAGAGCCCUUCUGGGUUCAACUAAACUUCCAUCUGAUGCAGCAUCCUGCUUCCAAUUGUAGCCAACUAGAUGGUUCCAUGAGGUCUUCAAAAGUAGGACAUGAAGGCAACAACCCUACUCUAUUACAUGUCCCCACAAUCUUUUAUCCAGCUGUCUACUGCCUCUGAACAUGGAUGUUCCACUUAGCUAUCAUGGUUAAUAACUGUCUAAUAGACAUGUCCUCCAGAAAUCUGUCACACCACAACAUGGCUAACAAGGAGUCUCAGUUGGAUCUUUCUAAAUAUGCAACCAGAGGUGUCGUCUGAUUCCUAGCAUCUUUUCAGAGCCAUGAUGCAGGGGCCUCUUGUGAAAGGUGGUGAAUGAAGGCAUCUGGACAAGCUCUUCAAGGAAUCAGACCUAACCUUUUCCAGAGUACCUGGAGCAGCAGCUGCCAUGUGAGUCUGUACGGGAGCAAAAUGAUACUUCCCAAUUACACCACCAUGAAUUCCACAAACGGUACAAGUGUUUGGGAACAAGUGCCAACCGCAAUUGUUCUCGCAGUCCUCAUUAUUGGGACUGUGUUUGGAAAUGUGAUGGUGUGUCUAGCUGUCUAUUUCAACCGGAAGCUCCGCAACCUGACAAACUGCUUCAUUGUCUCCUUGGCCUUCACAGACUUGCUGCUGGGCCUCAUGGUGCUACCCUUUUCAGCCAUCUAUGAGGUCUACUCCCAUGAGUGGAUCUUCAGUGUCACCUUGUGCAAUAUCUACAUCAGCUUGGAUGUCAUGCUUUGCACAGCAUCCAUCCUCAACCUCUUCAUGAUUAGCCUUGAUCGCUACUAUGCUAUCACAGCACCUCUCCGCUACAACACUAUGGUCACUCCUAAGCGGGUGGCUGUGGCUAUGUUCCUUAUCUGGGUGGUGUCACUGAUGGUCUCGUUCCUACCUAUCCACUUGGCCUGGAACACCAAUGGCAGCACUGUCCAGAACACACAGUUAACUGACGGGAAGCAGGAGUGCAAGCUGGAGGUCAAUGCUGGGUAUGUUCUGGUGGAUGGCUUGCUUACGUUCUACCUCCCUCUGCUAGUCAUGUGCAUCACAUACUACCGGAUAUUCAAAAUAGCCAGGGAACAAGCAAAGAGGAUCAACCACACCAACAGUUGCACAACCAUCAGAAAUGCAUUACCCACUGUGAAGGAACACAAAGCCAUUGUGACUCUUGCAGCUGUGAUGGGAGCCUUCAUUAUCUGCUGGUUUCCUUAUUUUACAGUGUUCACAUAUCGGGGUGUGACGGGUGAAGCAUACAAAAGCCUGAUGACCAUUGUCAUGUGGCUUGGUUACGCCAACUCAGCAUUGAAUCCAGUUUUAUAUGCUGCACUGAAUAGGGACUUCCGGACAGCUUAUCAGCGGUUACUCAGGUGUCGGAGAAUGGGACCAGAUGCCAGAGAGGUGCCUCUAACACAUGAGAUGAGAAAUAAGACUUGUAAUAAGGAAAGUAAACUUCUACAGCUGCAUGCAAUAAAUGGAAAGAAGAACCCUGUUGUCCAAGAUGGCACAGACAGGAAUCUGAACCCACAAUGUGAUAAAUCACCCUGUCCUGUGCUGCCCUGCUGUCAAAGUCUCUGUUUGGCCAAGGUUCUUCCCAAGAGAGAUGUGUGGAGCCCAAUGUUUGAUCAGCCAGUGGCAAAUGCAAGGAAGACAAGGCAACCUUCUGCACCCCAUACAGUUAUCUACUGUGUCUUCACCUGAGCCAGGACCUGCUUUCUUAUGAAGUUGGAUGUAGAGAAUUAUGACUCAAGGUAGCUCAAAGAUUGCUUGAAGGUUGUUGCAUCGGGUGCACCAUCUCAGUCUUCUCAAGAUGGUUCGAUAGGGGGCUUACUAUGCAGGGACUUUGAUUUCCCUGAAAGACUCUUGACUAUAAAUGUGGUGUGAAUCCAGAAGUACUUGGAGAUGCGUGACUGUACAUACCUAUAGGAUUAUCUGUCCACAUCUAGGACAGGAAAUAACUGUGGCUUGGGAGGAAGUGACAAAAAGGAAGGACUUC